AUGAUAAGUCAAGGAUGGAGACUGCUGACCUACUGCCCACUGCUCCUGUGCCUACUAUUGCUUUCAGACAAUACUUCAGGAGCCGUCAUAAAUGGGAAUCUUGAUAGGGUGAAAAGACAAAUAGAGGUUGAGAGGACUAAUUGGACCCAGCUAGCAGAUGAAUGGAUGUCAGCUAAAAAAAGAAUCAGUGAUCAGUUCAUCCCAAUUUUGCCGGAGUCUGAUGGAAAUGUCAGGGAAUUACCACCGACGGCUGAAACUUUUGUACAUGGAAUGACAACUGAACAAUUAUCCAGAGUAAAUUAUUCAAGAAUGCUCUGGGACAUGGAAAACGUCCAACAAAAUGGACACUUGUCCCUGUUUGUCGACAAAGCUAUGAAACUUCUAGACCUGCAGAAAGUAAUGGUAGAAGUCGAGACCUCGGUGAUGUCCAAGGUUUCUUGCACCGCUUGUAAAGUCGGCGCUGGUCUGCUCCAGCAUUACAUCAAAAGCGGAAAGACCGACCAGGAAAUAAUGACUAGUAUUUAUCAGUUUUGCGUACAACUUCGGAUACAGAGCUCACGAGUUUGUCAAGGCGUGACGCUGCUUUUUGGAGGUGAAGUAAUCUACGUUCUCAAGCAAGUAAACAUGGGUCCCGCGCAGAUCUGCAGCUUUGUAAUCGGAGAUGCUUGUGACGACGCAUACAAUCCUCUUCAUGAGUGGGAAGUCGCUUUUCCACCGGUUAAGAAACCACCGAUUGAACCACCAAUUCCACCCAAGGAAGGAGCUCCGACCUUCAAAGUUCUUCAUAUUUCAGACACUCACUACGAUCCUUACUAUCAGCCUCUUUGCUGUCGAUUAACCAAUGGAGCGCCAGCAUCAACAGCCGACGCGGCUGGUCGAUGGGGUGACUACAGAAAAUGCGACACCCCGAAAAGAACAGUCGACCACAUGCUGAAGCACAUCCAAGACACCCACGCAGACAUCGACUACAUCCUCUGGACGGGCGACCUGCCUCCCCACGACGUCUGGAACCAAACUCAUGAAGAGAAUCUAAAAAUUCUCCGGGAAACGGUCGCGCAGAUGUCUACGACUUUCCCCGGGGUCCCGAUUUUCCCCGCGCUGGGCAACCACGAGUCAGCUCCAGUGAACAGUUUCCCUCCUCCGUUCGCUCCAGACGAAAACAAGAUCGAAUGGCUGUACGACGAACUAGAUAAACAAUGGAAGCGGUGGUUGCCUGCCGGAGUGUCCCACACUGUUCGCAGGGGAGCCUUCUACUCAGUCCUGGUGCGACCUGGCUUCAGGAUCCUCUCGGUGAACAUGAACUACUGCAACAACAAAAACUGGUGGCUGCUGAUCAACAGCACUGACCCCGUCAGCGAGCUUCAGUGGCUGGUUUACGAGCUCCAGGGUGCUGAAAUGAACGGCGAGAAGGUUCACAUAAUCGGUCACAUUCCUCCAGGACACUCAGACUGCCUGAAGAUCUGGUCCAGGAAUUACUAUCAUAUUAUUAAUAGGUACGAGUCGACGAUUGCUGCCCAAUUCUUUGGACACACGCACUAUGACGAGUUCCAGCUGUUCUACGACACGUCGGACCUGGGGCGAGCCUUGAGUAUCGCGUAUGUCGGGCCCUCGGUGUCGCCCUACUAUGACUUGAAUCCGGGCUACAGGAUUUAUUAUGUAGAUGGAGACCAUCCGAAGACCACCAGGAUGGUUGUUGACCACGAGAGCUGGGUGAUGAAUCUCAAGGAGGCUAAUCACUAUGACUACCCCAUUUGGCGCAAGAUGUACAGUGCGAGGCAGGCUUAUCAGAUGCCGUCUUUGCUGCCUAAAGAUUGGGAUGCUUUGAUUGAUAAAAUGACUAAUGAGCCCUCCAAUUUCGAUCUCUAUUAUAAACAUUAUUACAAAAAUUCACCAGUUCGACCGGUCUGCAACAAUGAGUGUCGAAAAAGAAUGCUUUGUGAUUUACGAAGUGGUAGAAGCCACGACCGAAAAGCUUUGUGCCAGACUCUGGAGUCCAGGAUCGACGGCGCUACUGGAAACAGCUGGCGCGAGUGGAUCUACAACGGCUUGGCCCUCUCGUACGUAAAAAAUUGGUGGAUGGAAAAUUACAAUGGCAACACCGAAACUAAUCAAGAUGUCAGUAGUGAUGGCAAUUCCUCGGUUUGCGUACAAUCUACCGAAAUACGUACUGGGACUGGGCUAGUCUCCAAUUGGAUCUAUGGAAAAUAA